AUGCAGACCAACCGUGACCUUCCCGAGGAUUUCUGGCAGCCCGAGAAGUUUGACUGGGCAGAGGAAAAGGAGGAUGACAUCCGCAAGAACGAGGCAGCCUCGGCUUCAUUGACCCCAAGCAGUCAUUUCGACUGGGCCGAUGAGGCGGAAGAAGAAAUACUCAAGAACGAGGCCGCCACCUCGUUGACCCCAGGCGUCCAUUUCGACUGGGCUGAGGACGCAGAGGAAGAAUUCCUCAAGAACGAGGCCUCAUUGACCCCCAGCGUCAAUUGCAAUUGGGCCAAGGACAAGGAGGAAGAAAUCUUCAAGAACGAGGCUGCUCUCUUGUCUUCCCUUUUUGCCUGUUUACCUGAGGAAACCCAUUUCGCCGAUGACACAUCGGACACAUCAUUCGAGGAGAUUCUCACAUUCCCCUGCGAAAGGACCGCCCGAUCUUGGGAGUACAUGCAGGAGGAGGUGGACGAUGAGUUUGGAUCACGACAUGAACACAUCCACUAUGUUGGCAACCCCCACCAUUUCAACUGGCAGGGAAAACCUGUUAUGGAGCGCAGCAGCACUCGUCCGGAGGAGUCCCUUGCAGUGAUGCUCGCAGAGCCAAAGAUCCCCAGACUUAUGCCAGACAGCCCAGACGCCGAUGACUGGGUAGACCGCAUUCAGGCGAUUGUUUGCAAUGCGUUUAGAUUCAUCGACCCCGUUCUCCUUAUCUUGGACGAAGUUGACGAGUCAAUUCUGGACCUCCGGGGCUCUGCGCUUCAACAGGCAUCAAAAGGCCAUGUGCUGAAGUAUUAUACUGGUCAUGGCUGGUGGAUGGUAGAUGGUAACGAAGUGAUGGAGGACUAUAACUUGGAUAUCGGGGACGUAGGCUCCUACCUGGAGCCUAGCGUCGUGGUUGGCAAUGGGUUCGUCGAUGCCGGUGGACUUCCUACUCGGGAAGAAUGGCAGUAUUUCCGUGAUAGCAGGGUCGCCAAAGCGGGUUCUGAAUGCAAGAACAAAGGCCAUCGGAAGCGUGAUUGGAGGCCGAAGCCUUCUGGGCUCCGGCAAAUCACAACAUGUGAGCCCUAUGAGAGUGCGCCAACCAUAAUGCCGAUUCUCCAGCCGCCUGUUUCGUGUGACUCGGAUGCUCUGUUUGAAUGUCAAUCAACAAACGUGUCUGAUUUCGAUGAGUCCACGACACCCACUUCUGGUACUUCACUAUCAUUCAACUCAUCCGAGUUGGGCUCUCUUAAUGAUAGUCUUCCAGCAAUCCUCUAUGAUUGCGAUGAGUCUAGAAAACCGACGUCCAUUAUCUCGCCAUCAUCGUCCUUCUCUGAGUUGAGCUUUCUUAAAGAUUAUCUACCAGCAAUCGUCUAUGAUUGCGAUGAGUCAAGGAAACCGACUCACACUACCUCACCAUCGUCUUACUCCUCCAAGUCGGGUUAUCUGAGUCACUGUCCGCCAAUAACCGCGGCUGCCACAGGCGCCCUCCUCCCUCUCGCAUUCUCCGAUGGGCCGACAACCAGCCAUCGUGCAUGGUUGCGACUACCAGAGGAAGUCCGUUCAAUCCUCGCAGCCUGCAGUGAGAAGGAAAUUCUCUCCCCCACCACAGCUACGCUCUCCACCGGGUUCAUCGUCAUCGACAGGAACAUCAAAGUCGACCAGAAGCCCACCAAUUGCCAAAAGGGUUGA